AUGAAUUUCCUCCGGCGGCGUCUCUCAGACAGCAGUUUUGUGGCAAAUCUGCCCAAUGGCUACAUGAUGGACUUGCAGCGCCCCGACAGCUCCACCAGCUCCCCGGUUUCUCCUGCCACGGAGAGAAAGCACCUGCAGCCCCCGCAGCCCUCGCACUCCUCCUCUGCUGGCAGCAGCAUCUUCAGCUCCAUCUCCAGCGCCAUGAAGCAAACCACGCAAGCGGCCGCGGGACUCAUGGACCACUCGGCCGGCCCCGCGCCCCCCGUGGCACCGAAACCCAAAAUCCUGCUGGUGAUCGAUGAUGCCCACACCGACUGGGCCAAAUAUUUCCAGGGGAAGAAGGUGAAUGGAGAAUUUGAUAUCCGAGUGGAACAGGCCGAGUUCUCCGAGCUGAACCUGGCUGCUUAUGUCAUGGGUGGCUGCAUGGUGGACAUGCAGGUCAUGAGGAACGGCACCAAGGUGGUCAGCAGGUCCUUCAAGCCAGAUUUUGUCCUGAUCCGCCAGCACGCCUACAGCAUGGCACUGGGGGAGGAUUUCCGCAGCCUCAUCAUCGGCCUCCAGUACGGCGGCAUCCACACGGUCAACUCCCUCUACUCCAUCUACAACUUCUGCAGCAAGCCCUGGGUGUUCUCUCAGCUCAUUAAAAUCUUCAACUCGCUGGGCCCUGAGAAGUUCCCCUUGGUGGAGCAAACGUUCUUCCCAAGCCAUAAGCAGAUGCUCACAACUCCAAAUUUUCCUGUAGUGGUCAAGCUGGGACAUGCUCAUGCUGGAAUGGGGAAGGUCAAAGUUGAGAACCAGCACGACUUCCGGGACAUGGCCAGCAUAGUAGCCAUGGCAAAAACCUAUGCCACCACCGAGCCAUUCAUUGACUCCAAAUAUGACAUCCGAAUCCAGAAAAUUGGCAGCAACUACAAGGCUUACAUGAGGACUUCCAUCUCUGGAAACUGGAAGGCAAACACAGGUUCUGCGAUGCUAGAACAGAUUGCAAUGACAGAGAGGUACAGACUCUGGGCAGAUGCCUGCGCAGAAAUGUUUGGAGGUCUUGACAUCUGCGCUGUCAAAGCUGUCCACAGCAAAGAUGGAAAAGACUAUAUCAUUGAGGUGAUGGACAGCUCAAUGCCCCUGAUUGGGGAGCACAUAGAGGAGGACAGACAACUUAUAGCCGAUCUGGUUGUUUCCAAAAUGACUCAGCUUGUCAUCACUGCUGGAUCUACACCGUCACCACUGAGGCCUUGGCCUCCACAAGUUCAGCCUGUGUCAAUGAAAUCUCAGACUGGACCUCUGCUUGGACAACUGUCACAACCACGGCCUCCUCCACAAGGUGGACCACGCCAGCCGCAGGGACCUCAGCCUCCACGGACAAACGCACCCCCACAGCAGCGGCUGUCUCCUCAAGGACAGCAGCCCCAGAGUCCCCAGUCCACUUCCCCUCAGCAAAGGUCACCUGGAUCUCCACAGCAAGUCCGAUCAGCAGCUGGGUCCUCUCCAGUCCAGGCCUCCAAGGCAGGCGCGUUCCCUCCACAGCAGCCCAGGCCUCCUGCCCAAGGCCGGGCUCCCAGCCAGCCCAGCCCCACGGAAAUGUCCAAGCAGCAAACCACCCCACACCCACACCUGAACAAAUCGCAGUCCCUGACAAACAGCUUCAGCAUAUCUGAGUCACCUCAGCGAGGAAAUGCCACUGAAGACGAAGCAAAAGCUGAGACCAUCCGCAACCUGAGGAAAUCAUUUGCUAGCCUGUUUUCUGAUUAACAGUCCUGCAUCUGUGCAGGAUCUGUGCUUUUGUCAGCCCUCACUCUACAUUAUGUCAUACCUGAUGUCAUCCUGGAAUAUACUCAGUGAACCCAGCAAUUUACAACUAACACCUGGGUAAAGGGAAUUUAGAAAACUAUACUUGUUUUAAUACAAAGAAAAUAUUCGAAUAACGGUCUGAAAAGUGACUGCAUAAAAGUGUCACUAUUUCACUGGGUUUUGUGCAUAAUCAGAAUCACAUCUGUUCAAAUGACUGAGUUGUAAAGCAAAUUUUACUCUUGCUAACCCCUGUGGAGUCAACACAGUUAUGACAGUG